AUUUCUCUUAAUCAGCGAUUGCAAAGAAGGAGAUUGUACAAGGGGCGCAGGGGCUAUUUAUUUUUAAUGAUGAGCACACAUUACACUAUGAGCGUGAUAAACACCUGCACAUACCGGCUAGGCGCAUGCCCACCGCCAGCCACUAAAAUUUUUUAUAUUCGCAAAUUUAUAAAUUAGAAAAUAUGCGCUACCCCCUCGAUGUUCUUCAUCUCGGAACUCUCCCACACAAUACACCUGUCCCCAAACUAUUUUGAUACCAACUUGCAAUAUGCCGUGCGCUCACAUCUUCUGGAGGAGGUUGAGGGUGCAUGCUCAUCUGAUCAUGGCUUUAUACUCGCAGUUAUAUCCAUACAGAAUGUUGGUGAAGCUGUUCUGAACCAUAUGGGAUCUGUGCUGUUCAAAGUUAAGUACACCGCUAUAACUCUCAAGCCUGUGCGCAACGAGGUGAUAGAAGCGAAGGUGGACGAGGUUAACAAGAUGGGAUUGUUCGCGCAUAUAGGGCCGCUUUCUAUUUUUGUGUCCAACUACCAAAUUCCAAACAAUUUGCAGGAGAGCAUCAAGAAGGACACGCUCGUAAGACUGAAGAUUAUAGGAACAAAAAUCGAUAAAAACGAGAUAUACGCGGUAGGGACAAUAAACGAGGAAUUUUUAGGGGUCAUUUUAUAGAAAAUAGAGAAUAAUUUAAUUUUAUAUAAAUAUUA